UCUUCCAACUCUCUUUGCAUCAUUUCCACUUUCCUCAUUUCCACCUCUCUUGCCUUCUAAAUCUUCUUUCUCUCUCUACCGUUUCUUCCAUCACUUUCUUAUAUCUAUCUCACUCUCACCCAUCUCUUUUUCAAUUGAGUGAACUACAUAAACUCACUCUUUUUUCCCAUUUUUCCUCCAAAAAUCUCCCUUUAUUUUUCCCCUUAAUCGCCUUUUCCAUCACUCUACCUUAAAGUUUAAAACUUUAUAUUAAUUCCAUUAUUAUUCUAAUAAUCUCAUUUUACCCAUCAAAAAAUCCCUCUUUAAUUCUUUUUUUUUUUUUUGUCAAAAAUGGAAAAGGAAUUAAAUUGCUCAAAUUAUGGGUUAAUGGAAAUUUCACCAGAACAACUCUCAAAUUGCUAUUUCCACCCCAAUUGGGAAGAUUCAAUUCCCACCAUGGAUCAAAAUGACCCAUUUGAAUCUGCACUUAGUUCAAUUGUAUCAUCCCCUACAAUAACAUCAUCUAAUGGUGUAGGUGAUGGUGUGAUGAUCAAGGAACUAAUCGGACGGCUAGGAAGCAUUUGUGACUCAGGGAAUAACAGCACAAUUACUUCUAGUUAUAGUACACCUUUAAAUUCCCCACCUUCAAAAUUCAAUCUUUCUUCAUUAAUAAUGAUGGGUAAUAAUUCUGGAAAUUACCCAAUUCAGAAAAAUUUAGGAUCUUUUAAUACUGACCCUGGAUUUGUUGAAAGAGCUGCUAAAUUUUCAUGUUUUGGGAGUGGAAAUAGUAAUAAUAUUGAUAAUGGUAGAUCAGGGUUGAAAUUGGAAUCUGGCAAAUUAUCUAGGGUUAAUUCUGAUAAGAAAUUGGGUGAUAGUGGUGAAUUUGGUGAUUCAAGAGAAGGUUCUUCAGUUUCUGAGCAAAACCCAGGUGCUGAAAUUGGUGUUAAAGUUCAAAAUGAUACAAAUUCAAGGAAAAGAAAGUCUGUUUCCAGGGCUAAAAAAAUUAACGACAAGAUGGAAGUAGACAAUGAGGAAUCAAAUAGCAAAAGAAACAAGGUAGAUGAUAAAGAAGCUAAAAAGGAAAAUGCAGAGGAAAAUACAGGGGAGUCAAAUGAUAGUAACAAAGAGAAACAGAAUAAUAAGGAAGCAACCAAGGCAGAACCUCCAAAAGAUUAUAUUCAUGUCAGAGCUCGAAGAGGUCAAGCUACUGAUAGUCAUAGUCUUGCUGAAAGAGUUAGAAGAGAGAAAAUUAGUGAAAGAAUGAAGUUUCUUCAAGAUCUUGUUCCUGGUUGCAACAAGGUUACAGGAAAAGCAACCGUUCUUGAUGAGAUUAUAAACUAUGUGCAAUCAUUGCAGCGCCAAGUUGAGUUUCUUUCUAUGAAAUUAGCUACUGUAAAUCCAAGACUGGAGCUUAACAUGGAAUCUAUUCUCUCCAAGGAUAUGUUUCAUUCUAGAGGAUCACCAUUACCUCAAGCAAUGUAUCCUAUAGAUCAAAAUUCAACACAAGCCUUGCCCUUUGUUUAUCAAUCCACCCAACAAUUGUCAUACCCUUUGCAAAAUGGUGCUCCAACUGGGAUUGAGAAUCACUUCCCUGCAAAUAAUAUGAACGGCAAUGGAAUCGGGCAAAACCCGAAUGUUCGAGUUGGUGGAUUUAUAGACUCAAUGGCUCAGAUUCAGUUGCCAACACUUUGGGAGGAUGAUCUUCAAAGUAUUGUUCAAAUGGGUAUUGUGCAAAAUCAAACACAAAAUUUACCUAUAGGUACAAUGCCAAAUGCCCAAAUGAAAGUUGAGCUAUGAUCUCUAUAAUUUCCUUUAAAGCUAGCAUUUUCCAAUUACAGCAAGGCUAAUAACCAUGUAUAUACCGAAAAUUGUUCAUUUGGACAGAUGAUAUUAUAAUUCUACGUUCUAGCUCGAUCUAGACCAAUCGAUAACAACUCGAGAUUUCUCUCCUUAUACCGGAGAUUUCAUCUGCACCCGAUUCAAUUUUUUCUUUCGAGAAAUACUUAGAAGCCUCUCGAAAGUUUGUACUAUAAUUUUAGAAACUAAUUGUAAUCUUAGAGAUGAUUAUGUAUUAUUAUUGUUACUACAUUGUAAGAGAUGUUUAGAUGUAGCAUAAAUUGUAGUAGUAAGUAGAUAAUUAAAAAGAUUGGAGAACAAGAAGAAUAUUUACCUUUUGAGGUACAUUUGUUCUUCCCAAUAUUAUCUUGUAAUAUGAACUUAGUACAUUCUUAUAUAUCCAUUACUUUUUUUUAUGGCUCUCUAAUAAUCUUA